CUCCCGAUCACGAGAAGAAGCAGAAGUCACACCAUGCGUGUCCUGGCGCUUGCAUUCCUGGCCGCCGGGGUGGCCGUCGCUCUCGGAGCUCCCGCCGCCGAAGAAGGGCCCGUCCCCGAGUCCUCGCCGAGGCACCUGGGCAGGAAGCCAUUCGACCUGGGCAUCGACAUUCCGCGCAUCUUCAACAUGAAGCUGCUCACAGGGGCCGGAGGCACGGGUCUGGGCAUCAACAUCCCGGCCAUCUUGGACCUUCGCCUGGACCGGCGCAGUCAGCUGCCAGGCAGUCUUCUAAUCGACCUGUUCGGCGGCUCCGGACGCAGAGGACCCGGGGUCAUCAGGCCGCCUCCCAGGGACGACGAAGACAACGUCGUCGAGAGGCCCUAGGAACCACUCGGUCUGCGACCGUCAGCUCCGGGAGACAACGACAGCCGUACCGUCCGGUUGACUACGAGACACGCCGACCUCUGCGAUGCGACUGCCGCUAGUUGUAAAGCGCAACAUGCACGUGAGGCUCGUAGAUGUGUUCGAUCACUCGCGCUCGCGGUGCAUGGCAUCGUACGACGGACGGCUCCUCUUAGUCGGUUUAUGAGAACACUUGGCUGCGUUCUUCCGCUCGAGCCACUUAGUACUAACUUAAUUUUUCGAUGGAACCGUACUGGUAUUUUUCUGGCAACUCGUACGGAAUAGAAUUUUAUUUUCCCCCCUUUUGGGGUUAGUGAAAUCUGUUUAGGAUUCCCGUAAUUUGAUACUCAUGCGACCCUUGUAUAUCUUACGAGACGCUCGGUUUUGUUCUUGACGAAAUAAAUUGGAUUUUUCAAUCA